AUGGAAUCCCAAUUUGCUAAUUUGCGCCACCGGGACAACAGCGUGGCCAUGCUGAGGGUCAAAAUGUUCCGCCGAUCGAGCCAAACACUGAAGGAGAAUCGAGAGCGGCUUUUAGAUGCACGAAGACCGCUAGCUGAUCUCCAGGAGCUUUCGUGUCUAGGAGAUGACUCCGUUGUGACCAACUUGUCUGCAAUGAAAGACAAAACAAACAUCAAGGAAAAACCUGCGAAAAGCAAGGCCAGCGAGGAGAAACUCAAGCAGCUUGCACGCUGGAAAGAGAGAAAGGCCCUUGAAAAGGAAAAGAAAAUCAGGGAACAGAAGAAAGUGUUUAGGACUGGUUUAUAUCAUCAUAAAGACACUAUCUUUCCCUUGCCUCCACUACCGGAAGCUUCGGCUGCAAAAACUGUUCCAAUGCAGAGCAGCAGAGUCACUCGCUCCAUGAAGCAGCAACAGCCAUUACAGAAGCCACUGAAGACACAGACUUUAAAUACAGCAGCAAAGAAAGAUCCACCUACCAUGAGACAAACCAGGGGAGCGACCAUCAAACCUUCUUCCGCUGUGGCUAAACCCAAAAUUUGUGCUGUGACACCUAUUGUGUCGACCAGAUCAGCCAAUAAGCCUGUUGCUGCAGCCCCCGCAGUGAAAAAGCCAACAGAUAACAAAUCUCCAGCUGAUGAACCAGUUGAGAAGCCCAGCUCGUUCGCUCCUGAGGGCUUCGUUUUCCAAGCACCGGAAGGCUUGAAAGCCUUCGAAUUCGUACCUCUCACUCCUCGCUCGGCAGAUCGAUUUCUUUCCCCGAAGUUUACGGCCGCUAGCUUCAAUUUCUUGCCUGCUGCGGAGGACACUGAUGCAAUUCCAGCUGAGCCAAGUGAAUCUUCUCCUCUGAAAUCCACUCCGAUAGAGGCUCCUCCUAUUCCAAGCAGCCCUGUUGAAUCAAAACAUGAUGUUCCAUACUUUAGGUCGGAGAUGGCCAACGAGACAAACAGACUGACUGCGCUUUGUGCGCAGUGGGAUACCAAAGUGCACGAUGAGUCGAUUCCUGAAGAAAUGAGAGGUCGCAUUCGUACAACGGUGGGUCAGGCCAGGCUGCUCAUGAAGGAGCGUUUUAACCAGUUUAGCGGCCUGGUGGACGACUGUGAGCUGCACCGAGGGGAGAAGAUCACCACCUGCAGUGACCUGCAGGGCUUUUGGGAUAUGGUUUAUUUCCAGGUGGAAGACGUGAACAAGAAGUUUGAGUCCCUUCAAGAAGCAGAAGGACGAAAUUGGGUGGAGGAACACAAGCCAACACCAAGGCAGAGGAAAACUGUCAAGCGGAAGCCAACUACAGCACCUGCCAAGCCAGCAGCAACUAAAGCAGCAGCAAAGUCUCGCCUAGCUGAGGUGAAAGCGGCUAUGAGAGCACAGAAGGCAGCAGCUGAGGCAGAAAAGGCUGCAAAGGCAGCGGGUGACAUCGUAGAGGAGCCUAACCCGGCCACGCAAGGAGAUCAAUGUCAGCCUGACACUGUGGUCUUUGAUGGAGGCUUCUUUCAUGUGGAGAGCCCAGCCAAGACACCCAAGACACAGCAAGUUUGCGUGAGAAGAUCCAACCGCCUGAGCACUGCAGCUCCUCCACAGGCCUCUCCCCUCAUGUGCAAUCACACCCCAAGAAGAGUCACUCGACGCUCACUCGCUUUGGGAGCAACUGGAGGAACGCCGGUUCAGUCCAACCUCACUCUCACACCACUUGCCCGUGCCAAUAACCAAACCCUCAGAUGUUCAGAGUCGCCACUGCCUGUCACCCCUCGGCCCUCCAAAAUAGAAAACACUUCAGACAGUAACCAGCUGGGAAAGGCCCUCACUGCACAAUCUGAACAUAUGACAUCCCCGGAAGAAGUUUUGCACACUGUCACAACAGCACCUUCCCCAUUAACCGUGCAGCUACCACAGGGCCAGACAGUAGAGGCAGCUUUGCUUCUCUUCACUCCGAAUCCCAAAGACAGAAUCCGGCCAUCUGUAUGCCCAACUGAUCUCAUGUACUUCACUCCACCGCUGUGA